GGCUUCCCCAACAGGAUCCUCUAUGGAGAUUUCAAACAGAGAUACCGCAUUUUGAACCCAAGUGCUAUCCCUGAGGGACAGUUCAUCGAUAACAAAAAAGCUUCAGAAAAGCUUUUGGGCUCCUUGGAUAUAGAUCAUACCCAGUACAAGCUGGGACACACCAAGGUAUUUUUCAAAGCUGGGCUGCUAGGUCUGCUGGAGGAGAUGAGAGAUGACCGCUUAGCUCUAAUUAUCACCAGGAUCCAGGCAAGGUCAAGAGGUGUUCUAGCAAGAAUUGAAUUCCAGAAAAUUGUAGAACGCAGGGAUGCACUACUUGUGAUCCAGUGGAACAUCCGUGCUUUCAUGGGGGUCAAGAAUUGGCCCUGGAUGAAGCUGUAUUUCAAGAUCAAACCUCUGCUGAAAUCAGCAGAGACUGAAAAAGAGAUGGCCAACAUGAAGGAAGAGUUUGCCAAACUGAAAGAGGCUUACGCAAAAUCUGAAGCUCGCAAAAAGGAACUUGAAGAAAAAAUGGUUACACUUCUCCAAGAGAAGAAUGACCUGCAGCUUCAAGUUCAAUCUGAGCAAGAUAACCUCUGUGAUGCUGAAGAAAGAUGUGAGGGGCUGAUCAAGAGCAAGAUCCAGUUGGAGGCAAAAAUCAAAGAGUUGACAGAAAGACUGGAGGAUGAGGAGGAGAUGAAUGCUGAACUGACUGCUAAGAAGAGGAAGCUGGAGGAUGAGUGCUCUGAGCUGAAGAAAGACAUUGAUGACUUGGAAUUAACUCUGGCUAAAGUGGAGAAAGAGAAGCAUGCCACUGAGAACAAGGUGAAGAACCUGGUUGAAGAGAUGUCUGCUCAGGAUGAAAUAAUUGCUAAGUUGACCAAGGAAAAGAAAGCCUUACAGGAAGCU